AUGGAUGUAUAUUUGCUUGGGAGCUCUCAAGAAUGGUUCAAGGCUGGAUGCAAAUCUAUCAUUGGACUAGAUAGGGCACACCUGAAGGGACCUUUUGGGGGCCAACUGUUAAUAGCUGUAGCAGUUGAUGCAAAUAAUACAUCAUGGGUCGUGGCAUAUGCGAUGGUGGAGAUGGAAACCAAGGAUGCACGAAUUUGGUUUAUGGAGUUAUUGGUGAAGGAUCUGGACAAUCAACAUGAAGGAAGGGGUUGGGUGUUUAUAAGUGAUAAACAGAAAGGUUUAAUACCUGCAUUUGAAGAGGUAGUCCAAAGGGCUCACAUUAGAUUUUGUGUGAGGCAUAUGUGGACAAACUUCACAAAGCACUUUCUCGGAAAGGUCAUGAAGGAUCAAAUGUGGGCUUAUGCCAAGGCAACCACCUUGCCUUAUUUUAAAAAAGAAAUGAAUGAGAUGAAAAGCCUAGAUAAUGAUGCCUACAAGUGGAUGACAGAGUUUCAAGGCCUGGAUAUUAGAUGCUCGGGGCAAACCCCUGUGACUCUGUUUGAAGAAUUAAGGGUGAAGCUAAUGAGAUGGAUUGCAGUGAGGAAGGAAAAAAUGGAAGGGUACCAUGGGAAUAUCUACCCCAAGCCAAAGGCUAUUAUAGAGAGAAACAGGAAAAAGGUUGUUGUGAACUGUAUUGCAACAUUCAAUGGUGGAAAUAUUGCUGAGGUUGACAAUAUUGAGGGAUCAAAGAACGUAGUGAAACUUGCAAUGAGGACAUGCACUUGUAGGAGGUGGGACUUGACUGGAAUCCCCUGCAAGCAUGCUAUUUCUGCCAUAUACAUGAAGAGGGAAGACCCAGAUACAUUGAAUAGGAAGAGGAAGAAUUCCAAUGAGGAGGGACAAACUUCUGAAAAUCAGCACCCUAGAGACCUGCUAGACAUUGGUGUAGUUACAUGGUUAUUACUUGUUUCUUAUUUGUUGAAGUCCAAGAAAGCCAAGAAACAGUCCAUGACCAAUAAUGAAUUGAGGCAGAAAGCCAAAGAAAGGGUAGAGUACAAAGGGUAA